GUUCUUUGGUAAUUUGCAUCCUCUUCCUGUAACUGAACGCACAUGACGCUUUCCCAUCAAAGGCGACGCGUAAUUUGGCACACUUCACGCUCCUCAUCCGCUACAUCGCCUGCGCAUUUUGCGCCUCACCAAGCGGAGCGCUAGAAACCCGUUUUUUUUUUUCAAUAUACACUGCAAAAAAUGUCCACCUUAUCAAGUGAUUUUUCAGUUGACAGUUGCUUCUGAACGCCAGCGAAACGCGUAAAACUGUAUUAUUUGUAAGAAGAGCGAUCCGACCGCCGUGGCAGGACGUAGAUUCAGUCGCUUUAGAGCAGAUUUGGAACAACUGGGUAAAGGAUUUUGGAUCAGAAGCACAAUCAUGAUGACCGGAUUUCGGCUGAAUUUGUCACCGCUGAAGGAGCCUCUGGGCUUCGUCAAACUGGUGGAGUGGCUCACAGCCAUAUUUGCUUUUGGAAGCUGUGGUGGAUUUUCGGGGAGGAACAUCAUAUCUAUCUUCUGUGGCGAUGGCAGGAAUGAGACUCUCAACGCCAACUUUCACUACCCAUUUAGGUUAAGCCAGGUCCCGCUUGUUGAGGGAAACACCACUAUCUGUAACCACUCUGUCACGACGACACACAUGGUGGGAGACUCAGCCUCCUCGGCGGAGUUCUUCGUGGGCAUCGCAAUCGUCUGCUUUCUGUACUGCAUGGUGGCUCUGUUGGUGUAUUUAGGCUACAUGCACGUCUACAAGGACUCAGACUUUGGACCCAUUUUUGACUUUGUGGUCACAGCAAUCCUGGUCUUCCUGUGGCUGGUGUGUUCAUCCGCCUGGGCAAAGGGCCUGCAGAAUGUGAAGGAUGCCACAGACACUGAAGGCAUCAGCGCCACGCUGGCACUUUGCAAGGGGAGCAACAUCACCUGUGAGGUCACAGAGUUCGCCAACAUGCGGAGCCUCAACAUCUCUGUGGUGUUUGGCUACCUCAACAUGUUUGUGUGGGCGGGCAAUGCCUGGUUUGUGUACAAGGAGACGCGCUGGCACUCCCAGAAAUUUUCCUCUCAACCCGGGCCUGGAAGGCAACAGGUCCCUGCACCCAUCUAACGUUCAGUACGAUAGAAACUGAUCUAAACACAAACACACAGUCACACUCGGAAACACAGAAAUUCACAUGUACACACCACACAUAGAAGGCACAAUUUUAGCACAUAUGCUCACUGUAUGACCACAUGCACACAUUAAAUAAUGUUCUGUGAAGAUUAUGAGGACAGACAAAAUGUAGGAUUAAAUGACAGAUAGUCAAUUUAAAAAACUGAUGGAGUAAAUCAGAUUUGGACCUUAUGAAUGCAGCAGCAGCUGCGUAGGUCGUACACAGAGCCAAACUGGCACUUCUUUAACCCAAAAUGAAUUAAUGUGGUAUCAUGCCUCGCACAUUCAUGCUUGAACCGAGAACAGAUCUAACAGGAAUUCAGGAAAGAUUUUGUCUGAAGGUCCAAGAAACAUUGCAACAGUAGGAGGUGAGGGUGAGGAGAGAGUUUCAUUUGUAGAUUAGCCUUUGUUUUGUUCUGUUUUUAUUAUUGUUAUUAUUAUUAUUUUUACCUGUUUCAUAUACUACGGCGAGACCAAUGCAAGUAGUAUGUCAGCUCCCUUAAAACAUGUCUUCUUUUUUCUGCUUAAUUGUAUGCUGGUGAAUGUAAGGUACUUUGAAUGCAUCUCUUUGUCAGUGACAUAAAACCAACCACAAGAUUUAUGUUAUUUUUUUAACAGCGGCAGCAAUAGGUAUAAUGUGAUGAAGGGUUAGAGUUAGUCUAUACCAUUUUACAAAAUCUCAGAGUUCGCAUUUACUGUGAUUUAUUGACUUGUAAUACACGGAAUAAAUUUUGCAUUGCUCAUCAAAUAGAUAUGUUCAUAUUUGCGUAAUUUUACACUCAGAACACCUCAUGCAACUAUUUUUUCAUUCAUUCUCCUGUUCAUUGGCUAUCUCACAGUUGGCCCGUUUGCCCUCUAGUGGUAGCUCGUGGGUAUUGCCAUGUCAAGACAAAACUAAAUUAUAAUUAUUAAUUACCAGAACUAACAUGGACUAUGUACAUUCAGUCUGUGGUGUUUUCGUUACGUAUGGUGCUUAAUAUGCUGUCCUUUGAAGCACUGUGAGUGUAGAUCCCAAAAGAAUACUUGACUGACAGUUGGCUACUUAAUUUGUUCAGGAAGACCUGGUUGCAUAGCCAAAGUUUGAAGUCUUUCUCUGUUUGUCUGUGUACGAAGGCUUUGAUUGAUAUCGUCUCUAUUAAGGUACCAGCUGAAAUCCUUCCAUGACUGUGUAAUUUUUUUUUU